AUGGUUCACGACACCCAAUUGUACGACCUCUUGGCGGUGCCAGCAUCGGCAUCUCUCGAGGAAAUCACAAAAUCUUACAAGCGCUUAGCGCUCCGAUACCACCCGGACAAAACAAACCAUGAUCCUGAGUUGACGGAGAAGUUCAAGGACGCCACUCGAGCCUAUGAGAUCCUCAAAGAUGCAUCUAUGCGUCAAGUAUAUGAUGUCUAUGGAAUGGGAGGACUCGACGGCACAGUUGCCGAAGCUCAACAAUCACAAGGUCUGUUUUCAACUCCUUUUGCAUGUCCUCUGGCGCUGACACUUUUUUCCCAAAUCUUUAGCGACAUGAACUCCAUGUUUAAUGGUGGUCAAACCUUCAACAACGGGUUCCUGACGUUUGGCUUCAGUGCUCCGCAACAUAACGCAGUUAGAAACGUUCUGCCUGCCCCUGCAGACCCAACAGCUAACGUGUUGCGCCGUGGCCAGGAUAUUCACCAUACUUUCAAUGUUACCUUGACGGAUAUGUACUAUGGUAAGACCGUCAAAUUCCAGCUUCCGAAAACUACAAAAUGCUCUGUAUGCGACGGUCAAGGUUGUACUCUGCCUCGUACUUGUCGAGUUUGUAAGGGAAGCGGCCGUGUAGUCAUCACCACUACUGACCAGUUCCUGAAGUUCCAGGAACUUUGUUCAUGCUCUCCAUGUAGAGGUACAGGAACAUAUUACAACAAACAGAACAAAUGUCCUCUGUGUGAUGAUGGUUACUUGACGGUCAAGAAGAUAAUCAAAGUGAUGAUUCUUCCUGGUUCGAAGAAUGGAGACAAAGUCAUAUUGCAGGGCCAAUCUGACGAGGGGAAAAACAUCAUUCCUGGCGACUUGAUAAUCCACUUGAAGGAGACUCCAUCUAAGAACUUGGUACGUAGGUUCAAUGACCUUUAUUUGGAGCAAGAUAUUGAUCUCCGCACAGCUCUUCUAGGAGGAAGUAUCAUCGUGCAUGAUUUCUUAAAAGACGGUCAGGAUCUUCAAGUAUUUAUCAAUGCCCAUGGUCAGCCUGGCCUCAAUACUGCUGAAGAUUCUUCCAUUCUCAAGGGAGAAGUGGUGGGCACAAUCGACCAGGGAAGUGUCAAGAUUGUCAAGGGCUUGGGAAUGCCCAUCAACAAGCAUGUCAAGAACGGAGUCUUCUUGCAAGGGGCAGACGACGGAGUCAUUGGCAACUUGGAUCUGUAUAAGCGCGGUGACUUGUUUAUCCGCUUCAAUGUUCAGAUUCCUCAAUUACACGGUUUCGCGAGUUAUGAAGAUUUGCUCAUUCUCUCUCGUAUUUUGCCUCAAAGUCCUCCAUCGGCACUUACUGAAUCCACAAAAGUUCAUCAUCUUUCCAAUUUACGGAGCAGUGCGGCCAAACAGACAAAGCUCGAGUCUGCAGACCCAAUCGCUAAUCAACAGAGUGAAGUUUUGAAGGCUGCCAAGGAUGCCGAAGAUUCGGCCAGUUCGUCGCCUGAUAACUUUGACUACGAUCAGCUCGAUAUCGACAGCCAGGACGACGUUGAGCAGGAAGACAACCAGUUCUACGAGACUGAGUGGCUGAAAGAUGAUGACCUCCGCAAAAGACGCAAGAGCACCAUGGAUAGCCCAAUCCCAUCUAAAGUCAAAAAAGCUCAACAAGACCAACGACAAGGCCUACAGGCAUAA